AUGGAGAGUGACAAUCCACUCAGCAGCCCAAACAGAAAUCCUCUGAAAUGCCCGCCAGGAGCUCUGAAUCAACUCUCACCGGAGCGCAUGAACCAACAGCGUAUCCCACAAUCGCCCUCCCUGCACAGCUACCUCAUCGAAAAUGAUCGACCACGAAGUCGUGAGUCGAUGACCUCGGAAGUGCAGUGUAAAGUCGCCUUCUUGAACAGUCUGAGCACGCAGUCUUCCCCAACACGAGCUCCCCGUGCAGAGAAAAUACCAGCACUGAUCCCGGCAGCCAGCCUCGCCGGCUCUCAUGGGAACACAUGGCAGAACAACGGCAAUAAUAAUAAUAUUAAUGGUAAUACCAAUAGCGCCUUCCAACGGGCCGUUAUGGGCUAUGAGGAAGCACAAGCCAGUUUGGCAACACUUAGUGCUGAGCUAGAGCGCUGUAAGGAAGAGCUUGGUGCGAGAAAGAAACGCGAGCGGAUGAUUGCCCAGCGGGUGGAGACGCUCUUAGAAGAACUUCAAGCCGACAAGGACAAGCGAGCGCGAGACCAGGAGUCGUAUGCCAAGGAGGUCAAACGCUGUCGAAAGGAGACAUACCGUGCCGAGUUGGCUCUCGUUGAAUCCAGAGAGGAGUUGAAGGAGCUCCGAAGUGAGCUGAAAAAGUCGCAUGCAGAGACUCAACAUGAAAAGAUCGAAAAGGAGAAGAGUCGACAGGAGGCCUUUGAGAGGGCUUAUGCCUUGGCCGGCGUCCUGGAGGAGAUGGAACAGGUGAAAGAUCGCCUGAAAGCAACGGAAAAGGAAAGAGAUACAGCUAUUGAGGAGGCUCGUUCUACCUUGGCAGAGAAGGCCGCGUUAGAAAGCGCCCAAUCUCAUGAGUUGAACACAGCAGCAAAUCAGCAGCAGGAAGCUCGUUCAUCAAAGUGGCUUGGUGACUAUGAGGGCCGAUGUACCACCAACCUGAGUGCCGUCUCCGAGAGUUCCACUGCUCACUAUCCUUUGCCAUCGUUUUACCCCCUUUAUCCAAGUUUCGAUUCGAUCAAGUUCCGUCUUGAUAUCUACGAGAAGCAAAUGGAAGAGGAAGAGAUCACGCCGGAGGAAGAAAUUCUGUUUCUCAAACAAGAACUGAAAUGUGCAAAGAGGCAACACAAAGAGGCAGAAGAUUUGAUCCAUUUCAUGCACAUGCAGUGUCAGUUCAAGGCUUGUCCUUGCCGGAUUGCCGAGUCUGAUAGUGAAAGAUUCGUCCAUGAUCACGUUUACGAUGCCGAGCUGCGGCAGCAACGGAUUUCGAAGAAACGAAAGAUCUCGGCUGAAGGAUUUAAUUUACAACAAGCUCAACGGGAGCCUGCACAACGUGCUCCACCAGAUGAAUUGCUACGUGAAGAGACACCGAGGCCCAUGAAGAAGGCAACUUCUGCUGGAGACAUCAUUGCCUUGCCUCCCGAUCCUACACCGGAAGAGUUAUCUGGAGCCCUGGAGGAGCCAGCAUAUGUCCAACAAGCUCUGGAGUUGCCGUUGCCAGAGCCACAACCAAUGGAAUUGGACUCGGUCAGCACCACCCCAGAAGCUACAGCUCAGCUCGAGGAAAUCACUCAGGUGCUCGUUGAACCUGGUACAGCCAGUAAGCCCUUCUCCUUUUCGACCUCAACAACAAGUCAUGCUGCUACAAGGUCGGCAGCACCACCUCUUCGUCAUACGGAAAGUGCAUCCGCAUGCCUUGAGCAGGAUCUGUUUGACCUCUCUCCACCAAAACAAGCUCAGCCUCGUCGACCUUCCACAGCAAUGGGGAUCCUGACCGUCGAUUCACCGAUCCGAUUAAUUCCAGAUUCUCCGCGAUCCUACAAAACAACUUGCGAUGAAUAUGCCCGAUCGACAACUCCUACCUUUGAUCGUCAUCAAAUGUUCACAGAGUCGACAACCACCACCAAAAUUGCCUUGAAGGAUUCUUCCCCUCGAAGUAGUCUUCAUAGAAGAGCACAGUCACGACCUAAUAUCCGGAGUCAUUCUCCUCUUGUUUCUUCUAUGGCGUCAAAUAACCACCAGUCGGCUAUGAAUAGAGGUUCCGCUAAAGAGACGUCAGCAUCACCAGCGGCGAGCACAGUUUUCCCGGUCACUCCUCUUGAUAGACAUGCGAGGUCAAUGCACAACAUGAAACAGCACGCCCAAACACAAGAGCGACGAGCGCCUCAGACAAUUGCGGCGUCUACUACAACCACAAGAGUCCCCCUUCGCGGAUUCGCCGAUGCAGAUGAUGUUUUCAGCCCCCUCCGUGACGGGAACGGCCACGCUCAUACGGAAGUCAUUCGUACAACGACAGUGGCAACAGAUUCAACCGCGUUACAUUCAUUCCAACACCAUUCACGCCCUGGGGCCUUGGACCACAAUACCAGGGACUCGAAAUCGGACCCGAACUCAGCCUCGAUCCUCGGCAAUGUUCCAGGUACCCCCAUCUCGCGCGAAGCAGCGCUUGCACAAAUACGGGCACGAAGAGAUCGAGCGCGUAGCGUCAAUCUCAAACGCUCAACAGGUUCACUGGCCGGGGGACAGGGGUCAGGUGCUGUGAAGAGUCCAACCAAGCCAAGAGUGGUGAACGGUGUCACUGGUGCAGGGGGAAUAUUUGCCCAAGACAGAGACGGUGCUCGCAGGGAGAUCAGCCAGGCCAGCGCGCCGGGUAGAUUUGCUUGUUAG